AUGUCCAGUCCAAAAACAGAACAUUUCAAAGGUCAAAGUUACCGUAAAAUAAAGUCUCAAUGCAUAAAGAAGAAGGGACUUUUUGUAGAUACGUCAUUUCCGGCGUGUGGUCCCAGUGUAUUCCAUUCAAGACCUGCACCAGCAGAUAUCAUUUGGAAAAGACCAAAGGAUAUUGUUCCAGACCCUAAAUUUUUCAUAGAUAAAGCUAGUGCUGAUGAUUUUGCUCAAGGAACUUUAGGAAAUUGUUGGUUUGUUGCUGCUUGUGCUUGUAUCGCUGAGGAUUCCAGUCUUUGGAAGAAGGUCGUACCUGACUAUCAUGAACAAGAGUGGUGUAAAGAAAAUAAAUAUGCUGGUAUAUUCCACUUUAGAUUUUGGAGAUGUGGAAAAUGGUUGGAUGUUGUCAUUGACGACCAGUUACCAACCAGGGGUGGAAAACUCAUCUUCUUACAUUCUAAAUCUAGAAAUGAAUUUUGGUCAGCCUUGUUAGAAAAGGCUUAUGCUAAGUUAUUUGGAAGUUAUGAAGCUUUAACAGCAGGUAAAUCAAGAGAUGCUAUGGUAGAUUUAACUGGUGGUGCAGGAGAGACAUUAGAUAUGAUAGACUAUAGAGGAGAAGAGAAGAAAAUGAGAUUAUUUGACAUUCUUCAUAAGGCUAAAGAAAAUAAUUCAUUGAUGUGUGCCUCCAUACAGGCGAAAUCUGCAGCCGAAAUGGAAACUAAAUUAAAUAUUGGUCUAGUUAGAGGUCACGCUUACAGUGUUACAGCUGUUAAAAAGAUACAUCUGAAAGGAACCGGGCUGUUCCAUUUAUUUAACAGAGAAAAAAUGUUGAUGAUAAGAUGCCGUAAUCCGUGGGGUGGUAUUGAAUGGAAAGGACCUUGGAGUGAUGGAUCUCAUGAAUGGACAAAAGUGAGUGAAAGAGAAAAGAAAGAAUUGGGAUUAACGUUUGACGAGAAUGGGGAAUUCUGGAUGUCUUUUGAUGAUUUCUGUCGUUAUUUUACUACAAUAGAUGUCUGUCAUAUAGUAAACACUUCUGUUUUCACCGUGAAAAAAUCCUAUUAUAAAUAUGUAUUGACUGGUGAAUGGAGACGACCACAUUUAGCUGGUGGAUGUGGAAAUCAUAAUUCUUUUCUUAAAAACCCUCAGUAUUUAUUAGAUGUUUUGGUGGAUGAUGAAGAAAUAAUGAUAUCAAUAGAGCAAGCUGACAGACGAUCUGCUAGUUUUGAUAAGAGGGGAGAUAACUAUUGUGUGGGCUAUGCAAUUGUCAGUGUAAAUAUAAAUAGAAAGUAUAGAAUGCAUGAGCGAAGUGAGAGGGUACAUGCUGGACCUUAUGUAGUUUCCAGAAGUAUAUUUGAUAGAGUUCAUCUAAAGCAAGGAAGAUAUUGUUUACUAGUCACAACCUUUGACCCUGGAUAUGAAAGUAGCUAUAUGUUACGCUUAUAUUCUCAGUCUGGACUCAAAAUCAAAGAAUUAACCAAAGAUCAACCUAAACCACCCGGAUGUUUAGGUAAACCAAAGAUAGCAGCUACAUCUAUAACUAUACAUUAUUGUGAUGGUUUAAAGGAUAUAGACAAGGAUGGUAUAGAAGCAUAUUGUACAGUAAAAUGUGAAGGACAGGACGUCAGAACUAGUACCAGUAAGAAAUCAAUUAAACCACAGUGGAAAGAAAGAAUGACGUUUUAUCAACGUACACCAGAUGAAGAUAUUACAAUUGACGUAAGAUAUCGGAAUAUGAUUAUUUUACAAUUUAUGAUUUUUAAUUCGAAUAUUCAGGAUACGAUGAACUGUCGUACGGAAUUUCUUGCAAUUUCCUCACAAUUCUUGAUUCUGUGA